UGUUUGGACCAUAGAUUAACGUCAUGUCUGUACAGGGUCCCUGUUGCAGUAGACGGAGCCCUGGCUUUAGACUCAGAGAGAACUGGGUUUGAAUCCAGGUUCCAGGACAACAAGGCAGUGUGGCCUUCAGGAAGUACCUCAAUCUCUGCAAGCCUACAUUUCCCUCCUCUGCAACACAGGGACAGUAAUUCUCCUGCAGCAGGGUGGCCGUGAGAGUCAGAUCAUACAGCAGGUGCUCAAUUCUUGUUUAUGUUCUAGUGGCACCAGUGGAGGGUUUCUGAGCAUGAAUGCAACGGUCACAGCUUCCGCGAUAUCACUAACGACAAUCAAUGGAAGUGACCAGGCCACUCCUCGAAAGGAAACAAUGAGGGCACUGAUCUCAUUCUUCCUGGUGACCAUCAUACCCCUGGUGGGGCUGGCAGGAAACGCGGUUGUGCUAUGGCUCCUGGGCUUCCGCAUGCGGAGGAACACCAUCUCUAUCUACAUCCUCAACCUGGCGGGAGCCGACUUCCUCUUCCUCUGCUGCCAGAUUAUGUAUUCCCUGGAGACACUCACCGACUACUUCCAUUCCGUCCCCAUUUCCAACCCCAGUUUUUUCAUGACUGUGUUCGCCUUUGCCUAUGUUGCAGGCCUGAGCUUUCUCAGCACCAUUAGCACUGAGCGCUGCCUGUCUGUCCUGUGGCCCAUCUGGUACCGCUGCCAUCGCCCCAGACACACGUCAGCUGUCAUGUGUGCCCUGCUCUGGGCCCUGUGCCUGCUGCUGAGCAUCCUGAACGGGAUAUACUGUGGCCUCCUGGUUGCAGAUUUUUCUCAGGUGUGGUGUCCAGUAUUUAAUUUCAUCACUGCUGGGUGGCUGAUUUUCUUAUGUGUGCUUCUCUCAGGGUCCAGCCUGGCCCUGGUGACCAGACUGCUGUGUGGCUCCCAGCGUGUGCAGCCAACCAGGCUGUAUGUGACCGUCCUGCUCACAGUGCUGGUCUUUCUCCUCUGCGGACUGCCCUGGGGCAUCUGCUUGUUCCUCAUGUUCUGGAUUACGAGGCAUUCAGAUGAGUUCUCCCAUCUGGUUAAUAUAGUUGCAUUUGUCCUGACCUGUGUGAACAGCUGUGCCAACCCCAUCAUUUACUUCUUCGUAGGCUCAUUCAGGCAGCGAUGGAGGAAGGGAAGGCAGACCCUGAAGCUGGUUCUCCAGAGGGCUCUGCAGGACACUCCGGAGGGGGAUGAACAUGGAGGACGUCCUCCUCAGGAAACCCUGGAGAUGUCGGGGAGCACUCUGGUGUCUUGAUUCAGAGUCUUGCUUUGUUCAGACACAUGGGGUUUGGAGAACCAAUUUUGUCCCUAUCAGUGUGGGAGGUUUUUUAAGUCUCUCAGCCGAUGGGCCUCUGAAUUAGAACAGUUAACAUAAUAAUCCUGCUGAUGAGGAUUCAGUGAGACUGUGUCUGUUAAACACUCACUGGGUUCAGGGUCUCAGGACUGACUUAUCCCAGACACUCAUCCCACCCCCUUGGGAGCUUUGCCAACGCUGGGGUCCAGGACUCUUCCCACUUUUGAAGAAUCCACCUUCAGCAGGAGCUAAACACAGUGCAGGAAAGAUCAAAUUUCUUUGAUCAUCGUACUUGAUAGAAACUAA